AUGGCCGGCCUCUCUUAUCCUGAUUACAAUCGCAAACACUGCUCGUCAACCAGUCACGAAACACUGUUGCUGCUGGCGGUUCAACAGCAGUGUUCACAGCCUGCUGUCGUCAGUGCCAACGUGGUCGAGUCUACCACGGGUCAUAUAUAUCAAAAACAUGAGAUCUCCAAACUUGAUAAACACUCAUUCCACCCGCAAGAUCUGCAAAAUCUCUCGCAUCGUGGAGACAACCCAUACAUAUACGGUGGCAUUUCUUCAAACGAUAUCGACGUCCAAUAUCCACAUCCACAUGUCCAGACCGCUGAAGACGCGCCAGUUGGGUUAUGUCUCAAUCCAGAGGCUCCUGCUUUUGUUUCCUUUUCGACGAAAUUUGGGAAUAAACUGAAUCCACAGGCUCCUUCAUUUACUCCCUCUUGCGCUGAUUCCAGGAAUGAAUUGAACCCAGAAGCAGCGACGUUUAUUCCUUCCACCAACCACAGAAAGAGAAUGGACCCGGAGGCUGCCGCAUUUCUUCCUGCUGGCGCAAUCUUGAAGGAUACAUGUAUUCAUGAGCCUCGAGAAGAUUUCGACGGGGAGGCUCGGUGA